AUGGACCCAAAGUAGAGAAAAAAGUCUUAAGAAGAAAUAUAAUAAAUACCUUAAAGAAAAGGGUAAAGAAUUGCAGGUCUUCAAUAAACUUCAGGAGGAAAUUAGAUAUAUGAAAUAUAUGUCUAAUGUUAAAAAUAACAACAAUAAUCAGAUAUAGUUUUUAUAGUUUAGCGUUUAAAGCUGCACUUUGUUUUCAGUUUUUUAAACGAAGUUUAAUUGUAUAAGAAUAUAUUACAUAAAGGAAUCAAUUAGCUAGUUAGAUGUUUUAUUGUAAAUUAUUGAAAGGUUAAUCUAUAAUUAAAUAAGGAGAUAAUGCAAACGCAUUCUUUAUAUUAGGUAAAUAAUGAUUUUGAAAUUUAGAAAAGGGAAGGAUUUAAGUAACUAUAAAUGGAGAAUCAAAGAAAUAAUUGGUAUCAGGAGAUGGUUUAGGUGAAUUAGCCUUAUUAUAUGAUGCACCAAGGUUAUAAAAUUAAUUUGAAUUAUUAGAAGUGCAACAUGUAUUGCAUUAGAGGAAUGUUAUUUAUGGGGAAUAGAUAGAACAACAUUUCGUAGGACUGUUGAAUCAAUAAUGAAAAGUGAAUAUGAAAGAAAUAGAAAAUAUUUAGAAAAUGCAACAUUUUUUAGUAAAUUAAAGAAUAAUAUUAAAAGAUCAUUUAACUAAAGAAUAAAAGGAUGCUAUAGGAGGGGUAUUAAUAUCUUAGAAAUUUUAAAUAAAUUAAAUAAUAGUUAAUAAGGGUGAUUAAGCAGAUUCACUUUUUAUAAUAGCAGAGGUAAAGAUUAAUAUACAAAUAAGGGCAAAGUCGGUGUGUAUAGUGAUAAUAAUCUAUUAAUUAGAACAUUAACAAGAGGUGAAUAUUUUGGAGAAAACGCAUUAUUAUAGGAUAAUUGUGUUAGAGGGUUAACAGUAAAAGCAAUUGAAGAAUCAAGACUUUUAGCAUUAGCAAGAGAAACAUUAACUAAAAUAUUAGGUGAUGGCGUUUAAAUGAUAAUUUAUAAGAAUUAAUGCAAAUGGAUAUUACAAUAAUCAAAAAUCAAUUUAAUUAUAUAAAUAGAUAAAUUUUUGGAUUUAUUGACAAUUAGAAAAUUAAAGAAAGGAGCCAUUGUUAUAAAUAAAGGUUAAUAAUAUGGAGAAUUAAUAAUAUUAAUUGAUGGGAAAGUUAGUGAUGUAAUUUUAUGAGUAGAUCUCUAGUCUAAUUAACAUAUUGUUUGCGAGAAGGGUAAGAUACUAUUGGAUAAAACUGUAGAUUCAAAUGGAAAUCAUGAUUAAGAUUAUAUUAUGUAAGAAGAUGGAAUAAUAGCAGCUAUUGACUAUAAUAUAGUAAAAUAAUAGUUUGGUGAAUAAGUAAUCAAUAUUAAUAUAUUAGUAAUAAAUUUUAGAAAUUUAUGCUUAAGAAGCUUAGAGUAAAUAAAAUAAAGCUAAAGAUUAUAAAUUAGAAGAUCUAAACUAUUUACAAACCUUAGGUUGUGGAUAAUUUGGAAUAGUGUAUUUAUGUUAAUAUAAGAAUGAAUAAUCAUUAUUUGCAUUAAAAAUAAUGACAAGAACAAAUAUUAAAUAAUUUGGAAUAGCUAAACAUGUAGCUAAUGAAAGAAGAGUUUAAUCUAUUUUAGAUCAUCCUUUUAUCAUGCAUUUUUUUAGAUCCUUUAAAGAUGAUAAUAAUAUUUAUUUAUUAAAUGAAUAUAUUCCAGGAUUAGAAUUAUUUGAUGCUAUUAGAGAAAUAGGAUUAUUGAAUAAAAAUGAUUCAUAAUUUUAUAUAUCUUAGAUGAUUUUGUAAACAGAAUAUUUACAUAUGGUUCAUUAAAUUAUGUACAGAGAUUAUAAACCAGAAAAUCUUAUUGUAGAUGAUACAGGUUAUUUAAAAUUAAUUGAUUUUGGAACAGCUAAAUUAAAUUAACCAGGAGAGAAAACAUUUACAAUAAUUGGAACACCACAUUAUAUGGCACCAGAAGUAAUUAGUGGUAAAGGAUAUAAUUAAAUGGCUGAUUUAUGGAGUAUAGGAGUUAUGCUUUUUGAAUUUAUUUGUGGUGGAUUACCUUUUGGAGAAGAUGCAGAAGAUCCUUUUGAGAUUUAUAAAUAAAUCACAAAAAAACAAUUAUAUUAUCCUACUUAUAUGUCUGAUAAGACUGCUAAACCUUUUAUUGAAUAAUUAUUAAAUCGUUAACCAGAACUUCGUUUAGGAGGAUCAUAUUAAAUUCUUAAACAACAUAAUUGGUUUAAAGAUUUUUCAUGGGAUAAUUUAAUAACUAAAAAAAUCUAACCAGUUUUUAAACCAGCCAUUAAUAAAAUUAUUACUAAUGGAUAAGCUUAAAUGAUGAAAAAGAUACCAUUAUAUGAGUAAAUGCUUAAAGAUACCCAAUAUUUCAAAAAAUCAUAACCUAAUCCCAAAGAUAAUGAAUGGGAUAAUGAAUUUUGA